AGAAGGGAAUAUGAUGAUUACAAAGAAAAAAUGUUACAGAAGGCAUGUCAAGCAAAAUCUGAUGAUAAAAUAAAUCAAUGUAAAUGUCGCAUAAUAGAUUUGGAGGAACAGCUUCGUAUUUUAAAACACGAGACUAAAUGUAAACAAGAAGCCAAUCACUUCCUGAAAAAUAAUAUUGAAUCAAUGGAGAAAGAAUUAUCUUCUGUAAGAAUAGAAGCAGAAAAUUAUAGACGUUCCCAUUCUGUUGAUAGUAUAGAGUACAAAAAACGAAUUUUAGAAUUAGAAAAUAUCAUCAAAAUACAAAAAGAAGUAGAAUCAAAAUUAAGACAAAGUUUAGAUAACAGUGAAACAGAGCUUCAAAAGUCAAGGAAACUUUUGGAACCUUUUCAUAUAGAAUGUACUCCAGAAGAAUUAUCUAUGUGUAGUGGAUACCAAUUUAGACAAGAGAAUACAACUCAGCUUGUUAAUAUAUUACAAGAAGCAGUACAAUCUACAAAAAAUGGUCUUCAAGAUAUUGAAUGCGAACUUAAACUGCUGGUACGUGAAGGAUCUGCUCAACCUUGUACUACAGUAACUUCGGUAAUGACGAUCAUUGAUAAAUUAAGAAAAUAUGAAGGACAAUUAAAAAAAUGUUAUGGAGAUAUAGAAAAUCUUAGAAAUACAUUGUGUUCCAAAGAUAAACUUUUAGAAAAUAUGAACCAAGUAGUUAUGAUCCAGAGUGAUUCUAUAGCAGUAACACAAAAUGAACUUAAGAGUCUCUAUAAAAAACAACAGGAAAAGAUUAAUAUGCAGGAUCUUAUUAUAGCUCAAUGUGAAAAAGAAAAAAAAGAAUUAUCGAAACAGAAUGAACUUCAAGCACAGACAAUUGGACAUUUGCAAAAUGCUGUGGUUGAAGCCAAAAGAUGUUUAGAUAGUAUGGGACAUAAAGCAGUAAGUGAUGUGAACGAACUGUGGAGUUCGAUUUCGUCGAGUUCAACAUUCGGUCACGGGAAUGUGCAUGAUGUUUAAAUUGCUUUUAUGAACAUAUUGAACAAUGAUUUGAAAGUAUACUAAGAAGCUUAGAGAACUAUGUAUGUAUGUAUGUAUGUAUGUACUAAUAGUAAUUAUUAUUGUAAAUAUUUUUCAAAUAUUAUCAUUAAAAUGGUAAUUUACGCAAAUGAGA